AUGGGUAGCGUCGACUCAGCGAUGAAAGUGAUCAUCAUCGGAGCAGGACCGGCCGGAUGUGCACUUGCGCAUGGGCUAAAAAAAGCCGGAGUGCCAUUCAGCAUAUACGACAAAGGCGCAGAUGUUUACCGACACCGGCAUUGGGCAUUUACCCUUGGCUGGGCACGACCAUAUCUAUUCGACCUCAUACCAGAUGACCUUAGCGCGCAGAUCAACUCGUGUCAAGUGGAUCCUUACGUGGACUGCGCAGCGAUAGGAGAAGAUCGUAUUGUGAUUUACAAUGGCCAGACCCGGGAAGAAGCGUUUGCGUUCCCGAUCCCCAAAGCAAGGGAGAUCAACAUCCGAAAGUUGCGCGUUUUGCUGGCCGAACGGCUCAAUGUCCAGUAUGGGAAAAGUUUCUCACACUAUGAGGUAAAAGAGCACGGCGGUGUGAAAGUUUACUUUGAAAACGGAUCCACGGACGAAGGCGACUUGCUCGUUGGCAUCGAUGGUGCCAUGUCCAAAGUCCGCCGUUGUCUGCUUCCCAAAGAGGGAAACAUGGAGACGCUGCCGUUCGCACUCAUGAACUUCAACGCUUCUUACACCGCUGAGCAAGCGCAUUUUAUCAAGGAGCGUCUUCACCCCCUUGUAGACAUUGCCAUUCACCCAGCUGGCCACUACAUCCGUGCCAAUGUGCUCGACAUGCCCAACGAAAAAGAUGCCAGUACCUGGACAUUUCAGAUUCUCUCCACAUGGCCCCUCAAAUACGUUGAAGACCACGACAAUGAUGAUGAUCGACUGCAAAGACUGAAAGCGCACAUCAAAAGAGACGGCUGGGCCGAGCCAUACAAGAGUGCCAUCGAAUGGAUACCUGACAACACCAACGUACUACGCGAUCAGCUCAAGAUCUGGAAAACAGUCCCCUGGAACAACCACGGCGGGCGAGUAACACUAUGCGGCGACGCAGCCCACGCCAUGACGUUCCACCGCGGCCAAGGCGCCAACAACGCUUUUUACUCUGCCCACUGUCUUGUCGAAGCUAUCAAGAGUGUACAUUCUGGUAGCGCGACAUUACAGGACGCGAUUACGGCGUAUGACGAGAGUAUUUGGAAGCGCGGAGCGAAUGAGGUGCAGAUUUCAAAGGCGCAGAGCUUCUUUACGCAUGAUGGGUUGGAUAAUUUUAUUAAUAGCCCUGUUAUGAAGUUGGGAACUAAGCCGAGUCAUAAUGCGAAGAGUGAGGGGUAUGAAUAG